UUGCAUCAGUUAGCAAUGGACCAUGUCGCCGACGUGUGCCCCUCGGUCUCUUCUGAAGAAAAUGGAGCCGCCGCCGGCGACGACGACGACAGCUCGUCGACGGACGACGGACUUGUGGACGCGUUCGUCGACCUGGCGGCGCUGCCGGUGGAGGUCGGCGAGAGAAGACCGACGUGCCUGCGGUGCCGUCGCCCUCAGAAGGUGUGUCUGUGUCCUUUCCUCCCGACACAGCCCCUGGAGGUGUCCACGUGUCUGUACGUCGUGCAGCACCCUGCGGAGGAAAGCAGAGUUCUUCGCACGGUGCCGCUCCUCGCUGCUUGCUUGCCGCAAGGAAAAUGCAACGUCAUCGUGGGAAGGAGAUUCACUGAGGAAAAGAACCCAGAGCUGGCAGCGGUGUGUCGGGACAGCCGGACGCUGAUCCUGUACCCGGGUCCCAAAUCCCAGAACCUGGAGGAUUUGGUGCUACACCAGGAAGUAGGAGCGGUGAAACAUAAUGUGAUCAUCAUCGACGGCACCUGGAGCCAGGCCAAAAACAUGUUCCUCAAAAACAGCUUGUUCCACCUGCCCAAACAGGUGCAGCUCAAUAGGACUCUUUCCAGUCAGUACGUGAUCCGCACACAACCCUCCAACAUCUGUCUGUCCACGCUGGAAUGCGCCGCCGUCGCCCUGUCCCUACUGGAGCGGAACGACGACAUCCAAGAGGUCCUGCUGAGGCCCCUGAAAGCCCUGUGCUCCUUCCAGCUGCAGCACGGCGCUCAGAUUCACCACAGCAAGGAGCAUCUCCUGAAGAACGGCAUGUUCGACAAACACAUGCCCAAGAACAAACGCAAGAUCAAGAGGAUGGAGAAGCUCGUCACUGACCACAACGGCUGCCCGAGAUGAGGGGGCGACCAGGCGGAGAAGCUCGACUCCCCUCCGGAUGUCUUUCACGCUGCACAGGACUGUUUCACCAGAGCAGCAUGUGACGGGGCGCAGGCACGGAAACCACUGGACUUUUUGGGGGAGUUUGUUUUUAUAUAAUUGCUGGUAAAUGUAAUUAAUGUAAUUGUUCUUAAUUAAAAAUAAAUUAACGCAAGAAAGAAACUGA